AUGUCGAUAAAUGAUACCGAACUCACUCUCGAUGGAUCUGAGCCAUCCCAUAUAAACCAGUUCUUUUAUCACGUUCGGUCUACCGAGACUCCCUCAGAUGCCAACUUUGAUCGUUCUAUAGCCUCGACCGACCGGAAACGAAGAAAGCUGGCGCACGAGUCGAUGAGCUCUGAAGUAUCCCAAGAUAAUACGACAAUACCCAUUCCCGACUCUAUCGGCCUCCAUCCCCCUCGUACACAUCCCGCUUGUGCCAUCCCACCGGCUGAAACCCAUUCUCCAACAGUCGCGAACAACAGCGAACCCCCCGCAUCCGCCCCACCGCCCUUCUACCUCAUCGCAGUCCACGGUGGCGCAGGUUCCCAUUCUCGCUCAUCCGACUCCACAAUCAAACAUUGCCUCCGCACCUCCAUCCGUUCUGCUCUCCCCAUUCUCUCCACUCCUACCCUCACCUCCACACCACCUUCCACCACUCCAAUCCCCGCCGCCAUCCCCACACCCACCCAAGCCCUCCAAGCCACCCUCACCGCCCUCUCCUCCCUCGAAGACUCCGAACCCCUCAACGCAGGCUACGGCUCCAACCUCACCCUCCCCGGCCACGUCGAAUGCGACGCCUCCAUCAUGGACGGCCUUACCUCCUCCUUCGGGGCCGUAGGGGCCCUCGGGGGCGGAGUGAAACAUCCGAUACAAGUCGCGGGAAGACUAUGUCUGGAUCAGAUGAGGUCGAGGGGCGUGAGGAGUGGAGGGAGAGGGAGGGGAGGGUUGUCGUUGGGGAGAGUAAGGCCGGUGAUGUUGGUUGGGAGGGGCGCGGAGGGGUUCGCGAGGGAGAGUGGGAUGGAGGUGCUCAACGAUGAUGAGGGGGGUAUGAUUUCGCCGAGGGCGAGGAGAGAGUGGGAGGGUUGGAGGAAGAGGUUGGAAGAGGCAGAAAGACGAAAGGAGGGCUCAGAUGUGCAGGAUGGUGAGGUACUGGUAGGGCUGAACGACAGGCAAGAUACAGUCGGUGCGAUCGCGUUGGACGCUGCUGGUAACGUCGCCGCUGGUGUAUCGAGCGGUGGGCUACUACUCAAGCACCCAGGCAGAGUCGGAGAGGCAGCCAUAUUCGGCGCCGGCUGCUGGGCCGAACAAUCCUCCCCUUCCUCCUCCUCCUCCUCCUCCUCCUCCUCCACAACCCCUUCUUCUUCUCGCACGCACAACCGCACACUAGAAAGCCUCGCGCUCAGCGUCUCCGGCACAGGCGAACUCAUCCUCCAAUCCCUCAUCGCUCGAUCGCUCGCCGACGCGCUUUUCGCUGCCUCCCCCGAACAGGACACGCAUGAUAUUCUGCGGUCUGUCUUGGUGGAUGAGUUCUACUGUGUGAUGGGUCCAUGGAGUGGCUGA